AUGCCAAAAUGGCACAAUAAAAAAACUGCCGCCUUCGUUCACACGUACGGCUGGAAUAAGUAUUUCGUUUGGCUCUAUGGGGUCACGUUCGUCGACUGCAGCUCGGAGCGCCCAAAUAGUCGACAACGUGUCCUCUCCCCCACCUCUGGAGCUGCGGCAGUCGAAGCGGCUCGCAAGCGCAGACACCGAGAGCUAGUUAACCGCCUGUAUUACAUUGCGAUCUACUAA